UUCUGCGACUUUAUGAGUCUGUGCUGUCUGGCGCACUUGGCGGGCCGCGUCGUGCGCACGCUGCUGGACUACGUGGACCGCGUGCGCAUCUGCUCCAAACUCGCGAGGAUCCUGGAAAAGCAACCCGAGUGGACGCAGAUUUGCGGCGUGCUCGGGAGCCCCCGCUCGCUGGCUCAUUCGUGUCGGCUGCUGAUCCGAAGACGCUUGACCCUCAAGCGACUGAACAACGCCGAGAUUAUGAACUCGCCACUUUUCCCGCCUCGACUGCGAAGUUUCAUCUUGUACCGCGAGCAGGACCUCCUCCAGGGAGAACAAGCGUGACGGCGUGACAGGAGAUUGCCCUUCGUGCUUCCCACGUGUGUAGUGUGUGUGUGACGUGUACGGGGAGUGAAGGAGCGAG